GUGAUGUGUAUUCAGUAAAGUAGAAAGAGCAGAGUCGUCACAACCACUAGUUCAACAGAGCCGAACCUUGAAAGACUUAUUUCUUCCUGAAAUCAUAAUGAGAGGUAAAAGUUAUCCUAAUUGUAAAGGCAGUAGAAUUUUGAAAUAGUAGAAUUUUCGAAUCAUCAUGCAUCAAUGAAGAAGGGAAAUAGUAAACAAUCUGGAGGAAUUUAUGUUCAGCUACAUAUAUGCUUUGUAAAAAUAUGAUCGUGACUUUUGACAUGUUUAUAACCGCUAACCCAAACUUGUGUUCAUGUUUUCUUAAUUGUUUCAAGUAGGCAUGACCCAGAGGUCGCGUUGGGGAGCAGUACUGAGGAUCCAUCGUUACAGGUUGAGGCAACGUCAAUUUCAGAAGUCGAUUGGGAUAACUUGCAAAUAGUGGAGACACAUGAUGAAGAAGGUAGAAUUGAACUACUGAGUGAGGAUCAGUUAUGUGAAAUUUUGGGCUUGCAGGAUGAAGAAGAGAAAAAAGGUAAGAGUGAACCAAAGGGUCGUAAAAUGGUUGAGCAGGGCAGUGACAAUGAUGGUGCUGCCAUUCCUGUUAGUGAUGUCAUACCAAAUGAGGUAGUGAUUACAUAUGAUAAGGACCACCCAAAAAUGGACCUUGGCACAAUGUACCCAUCAAUGAAGGAAUUUAGGUUAGCAGUGAGGCAAUUUUUCAUCAAUGAGGAGUUUGAUAUAGGCACAGAGAAGUCGGAUAAAAAGAGAUUUAGAGGGUUCUGCAAGUCAAGUGAGGAUUGUCCUUGGAGGAUUGUUGGCAGCCUACAGGAUGAUAAAUGUACUGUAAAGGUCACAGUUUUAGUUGAUCAACAUGAUUGUGUUUCAAGCAGCAGAGUGAAGACCAUAACGCCAUCGCAAGACUGGGUAGCUAACAAGGCUGUGAGUAUCCUUAGGAGUUCACCUAAUAUGGGUGCUAAAGAAUUACAGAAAAAGUUGCAAGAACAAUCCAAAGUCACGAUUCUAUAUGACACGGUCUGGAGGGGGAAAGAAAAAGCUCUUGCAGAGGUUUAUGGUAAAUGGGAAGAGAGUUUUGAGAUGUUAUAUAAAUGGAAGGCUGAGGUACCUGAAGAGGUCACCUGGAAGUGUUGUGGAGAUUGA